UCUGUUGAGGAAUGGAGUAAAGCCUGUAUUGGUGCUUACAAAGUAAUGGAUAAAGAACUUAAACUUCAAGAAAACUUGGAUUGUUCUUGUAGUGGAACUACUUCUGUUACUGUCAUCAAACAGGGUGAAGAUCUUGUUAUUGCUAAUCUUGGUGAUUCACGGGCCGUAUUAGGGACUAGUUCUGAUAAUGGUGACAUGAUGGCUGUUCAAUUAACUACUGAUCUAAAGCCUAGUGUACCAGAGGAAGCUGAAAGAAUAACAAAGAGUAAUGGCCGGGUAUUUGCACUUGAAAAUGAAGCUCAUGUUACACGGGUAUGGUUGCCUGACCAGAAUUUUCCUGGACUUGCCAUGACAAGAGCUUUUGGGGACUUUGAUCUUAAGGAUUACGGAGUAAUAGCCAUUCCACAAAUCUCACAUCAUCAUCUGAAUAACAAUGACAAGUUUGUUGUUCUUGCAUCUGACGGGGUAUGGGAUGUUCUUAGCAACAAAGAAGUUGUAUCAAUUGUGUCAUUGGCAACACGAGAAACGGCGGCUAAAGCAGUCGUAGAUGCUGCGGUUACUUCAUGGAAACGAAAGUUUCCCAUGUCAAAAAUGGAUGAUAUUUCUGUUUCUUGCAUGUUCUUCCAGAAAAGAUGAGCACAAGGUCUAAUGAAGAAAAGAAGUACCAAGUUUUCUGAAUUCCAGUUCUUUUAAAAGUCACUAACUCAGUGAUUCAAAGAUGGAUUCAACUCUUUUUUUUUUCUUUUUGAAAAUGUAUAUAUAAGAGAUGGAUUUGCUGCUAAGAACGGAUCCAUAGAGAUCUUAGAGAUGCAAGGGAUCGAAAAGUCCGAGUCAUUAAACUGCAAAACCAUGUAAUGUAAUGGUAAUCUUGUUAGGUUCUAAAAUUAUAUAAUCAUAUUCCUACUAGUUUUCUCA